GUGCUGUCGUGUGCGGGAGGCUGUCCCUUACGGCUCUAGGCUGAGGCUGCCCUGGUGAGGGUCGCCAGGUUGCUCUGUACGCCGGUUCAUGUGAGUGACGCCCGCGGAGGGUCCCGGGAUUUUCUGCUGUUUCUUGGCAAAAAUGGCAACUAAUGGUGCUGUUCUGAAGAGACUGGAACAGAAGGGUGCAGAAGCAGAUCAAAUUAUUGAAUAUUUAAAGCAGCAAGUUGCUCUUCUUAAGGAGAAAGCAAUUUUGCAGGCGACUUUGAGAGAAGAGAAGAAACUUCGAGUUGAAAAUGCUAAAUUAAAGAAAGAAAUUGAAGAAUUGAAACAAGAGCUAAUUCAGGCAGAAAUUCAAAAUGGAGUGAAACAAGUACCAUUCCCAUCUGGUACUCUGCUGCAAGCUAAUUCCACUGUUUCUGAAAAUGUGAUACAGUCUAGACCAAUAACAACAAUGACUUCUGGUGCCAAAGAACAGAUAGGAAGAGGAGCAGAAGAAAAGAAGAUGAAAGAGAAAAUUGAAGUGAAAGGAGAGAAAAAGGAGAAAAAACAGCAGUCAGUAGCUGGAAGCAUUGACUCUAAGCCAGUAGAUGUUUCUCGUCUGGAUCUUCGAGUUGGUUGUAUCAUCACUGCCAGAAAACAUCCUGAUGCAGAUUCUUUAUAUGUGGAAGAAGUAGAUGUUGGAGAAACAGCCCCAAGAACAGUUGUCAGUGGCCUGGUGAAUCAUGUUCCUCUUGAACAGAUGCAAAAUCGGAUGGUGAUUUUACUUUGUAACCUGAAACCUGCAAAGAUGAGGGGGGUAAUAUCUCAAGCAAUGGUGAUGUGUGCUAGUUCACCUGAGAAGGUUGAAAUCUUGGCACCUCCUAAUGGGUCUGUUCCUGGAGACAGAAUUGUUUUUGAUGCUUUUCCUGGAGAGCCUGACAAGGAGCUGAAUCCUAAGAAGAAGAUUUGGGAACAGAUCCAGCCUGAUCUCUUUACUAAUGAUGAGUGUGUGGCUACAUACAAAGGAGCUCCCUUUGAGGUGAAAGGGAAGGGAGUGUGUAGGGCUCAAACUAUGACCAACAGUGGAAUAAAAUAAAAUUAAAUACUUCAUUUACUGAACUACAUUGCAGAAAACUUUAUAACAAUAAAAAGAAAUACAUUUGUCAAUGUAUCCUAACAAUAAAAAGAAAUACUUGUAUCUAAAAUA